AUGGCUGAUGAAAGUGGAAAUAUUCCUUCACCACAAGUGAUACACGUACCUAUGAACAUUCCUUUGCCUCCUAAGCUUGAUCUGAAGGGCGAUUUGACGAGAAAUUUCAUAAAGUUCAAACGAAUGUGGGGAAACUAUGAGCUUGCUUCUCGAACAAAGACAGAUUCUGAUGAAUGCAGAUCAGCUACACUGUUAACUUGUAUUGGUUAUGAGACUCUAGACAUAUUGGAUGGGUUGCAAUUCGACAGUGAAAGUGAUAGGAGGAAAGUCGAGAAAAUAUUGGACAAACUAGAAGCUUACUGCAUUGGCGAGACCAAUGAAACAUGGGAACGGUUCAAUUUCAACAAACGGAAUCAAGAACACUUUGAAUCUGUUGAUACUUAUGUAGCAACACUUAGGUCUCUAGCUAAAACAUGCAAUUAUGGAACGCUUGAAGAUAGUCUCAUCAGGGAUCGAAUGGUGAUGGGCAUUUGUGAUAACUCCACUCGCAAGAGACUGCUGCAGUCUUCGAACCUAUCACUCAAAGAUUGUAUUGACGUCUGUAGGUCCCAUGAGAGAGCAGCUGCUAGACUAAAAUCUCUAUCAAACACUGAGGAUGUGCAAGCUAUCAGUAAAACUAGAGGUUACAAAAAACCCAAAGGAAAGGAAACUAAACCUGGAUUGACUACCAGAAGUGAUCAGUCUCUACAGUGCAAAUUUUGUGGACGCAGUCAUGUGUUCGGCAGGAAGGAAUGUCCAGCAUGGGGAAGAAUUUGCAACAAAUGUAAACGACCAAAUCAUUUUGCUUAUGUGUGCCAGUCGAGUCAAGCCAAUGUUCAACUACUGAGUGAUGAAGAUACUGAGGAUGAAUAUAUUUUAUCAGUGGAUGUUGAAAAUGUGAACAGUGUUCAAUUACAUUGUGAAAGUCAACAGUAUUUACGGAAGAUUUUUGCUGUCCUCCUCAUCAAGGAAACUGAGGUCAAAUUUCAGUUAGAUUGUGGAUCUACUGUCAAUGUGUUGCCAGAGACUAUCUACGCUAAUGUGUUUCAGGAUCCCCACCUGGAAAAGUUGGAAACACAGGUCAAUACUACUCUUCGAAUGUACAAUGGAGUGAAAUCUCAAACUGUUGGCAAGUGUGAAGUGACUGUCAAAAAUCCAAGGAAUCAGGGUGAAUACACCAUUGAAUUCUUGAUAACGAGGGACAGAGGCUCACCACCAAUACUUGGUGCAAUAGCUGUUCAACAAAUGUUGAUCACUGUGAACUUUGAGAACAUUUUCCAGAUCUCAGGUAGUGGAGAUGUUUCUACAGAGUUAGCAAGAUUGGACCUGACGGACAUGAUCCAUCGUUACAAGGAUGUAUUUGAGGGAGAGGGCACACUUGAUGGCUUGUUGCGUUUUGAAGUAGAUGAGACUGUGACACCAGUCCAGCUACCAUGUCGUAAGUUUCCACUUGCCUUACAACAGAAACUCAAGGCUGAACUUGAAAGACUGGCUGAUCUGAAGAUCAUCACCCCUGUGAAUGUUCCUACUGACUGGAUCUCUGCCCUUGUUGUGGUCAAGAAACAGGGUACUGACAAGAUAAGGAUUUGCAUAGAUCCUAAACCACUGAAUCAAGCUCUCAAGAGGAAUCAUUAUCCAAUAAAGACAAUUGAUGACAUUCUGCCGGAAUUAUCAAACGCUAAGUGCUUUACUUUAGCAGAUGCUAAAAAUGGAUUUUGGCAUAUCCAGCUUGAGGAGGAAAGCAGUUUCUUGACAACAUUUGAAACACCUUGGGGCCGUUACCGUUGGCUACGAAUGCCAUUCGGGUUGUCACCAGCACCUGAGGAGUUUCAGCGCCGUUUGAAUGAGGCAAUAUGUGGCUUGGAUGGAGUACGUGCUGUACAUGAUGAUGUUCUGAUCUAUGGUGUUGGAGACACUUAUGAAGUGGCUGAAGCUGAUCAUGAUGAGAAGUUGUCCAAGUUCCUUGAUCGAUGCAGGAACAGAAAUAUCAAACUGAACAGAUCCAGACUGAAACUGAAACUGACUGAGGUGCCUUAUCUGGGACAUGUCGUAACCUCGGAUGGAUUAAAGAUUGAUCACAUGAAAGUUGAAGCAAUCACAAACAUGCCCACACCAACGGAUAAGCAGGGUAUUCAGCGCAUUUUAGGGAUGGUGAACUUUGUUCAGAAAUUUGUACCCAACUUGUCUGAAGUGACUGCACCCUCUGAGGGAUCUGCUGAAAAGUGA